CAAGUAACCACCAAGCACUUGGAAUAGCAUAACCUUAGCAAUAUAGUAUCCUGUAAAACAUGCCAUUUAGUGCAACAUUGAAUUGUAGGAUUCAUAAAUGCAGCUCCACAGCCACUUUUGGCGAAAUAACGUGCCAUCUCAGUGCUAGACACCUAUUUUGUAAACCGCUCAAUGCUACAGCUGUCAAAAUUUGGGUAACGCUUCAGUGACGCUCGCGCAACGACAGAAGAGUUUGUUUUGAUGAACAAAAAAAAAGAAAAAAAAAGUGUUCUUUCACUUUCAUGUUGUCCGCGGAUCAUUGGCUCUCUCUUUUUUCCUGCCUAGACCUCCUGUAAGAGCUGUUUAUUUUGCAUUCCUGUUGUUUUGUGAGGCUCGAACUAUCCGUAGUGUAAAGUGCUGUUGAGUAUUCUGCUGCGCUUCAAUCCUUGGGUCCACAGAAGCCGUGAGAAAACCGAUGAUUUUUGGCUUAUUUAAACAAACGUCAUAUUGAAACCGAUACUUGAUCCGUUUCGAGGGAAUCCAUCGACAGAUCGAGUCCCAAGCAGCCGUCAACAAACGCAAUCCGACGAAAGUGAUAUCAUGUCCCGCAAGAAUCAAUCCAAGAAGCGCUCAGCGGCUGCCCUGCUAGAAGCAUUGAAACAGGAAACCCCAGAGCCGAGAGAAUUAGAAAAAGAAUUCAAAAACUCGAGCACCCAAACGGAACAGCUGGCUCCAGCGGCAGAAGUAAGCAACACCGACAUGAAGCUCAACAAAAUGUUGCUACUGUUGGCUCAUGCAAAUGCUAAGUUGGAUGCCAUAGGAUCUGCUGGUCCCAGCAAAUGCGAGCACGACUGCGCUACUGUAACCCUUCGAAAGAUCAGUCUAAACCCGGUGAAAAGUCUAACGGAACUGGUAGCACUCGAGGAAAACUGCAAGAGGGAGGAGUUUGUCAAAGCGACUGUUGCGUCAAUCGGUCAGCUGCAUGGACGGCAGCGGUAUACUUCUCGAGGUGCUACUGUCUGUCUGCAGGUUGUUGACUAUUUCUUCGAUCGCGAAUUCCUCGUGCAUUGUUCGUGGACAGGAACUAGCCGCAAGCUCGGAGAAAAUCAACAAGUGCCGCGAAAAAUACCCUUCCAAAGGUAUGAGAAGGUUAUCGACCUGUUCUAUCAAACCGUUCUUCACUCUGAUCCCGAGUUCACCUUCGACGAGUGUAAGAACUUUCUGCACCGCUGCCUCCGGAAUGCAAAACAACGACUGGAGGAGCUGGGAGGAACACGGAAGCCGGUCGCUCGCAACCGCAAACAGCUUCGCGAAUUGAAUCAGCAGGACGAAGAAUAUCUUGAUGAUACGGAGCAGGAAAACCAAGAGGAAACCGAAGGAACUGAAACAGUAUGGACCAUGGAAGUUGCCGCAGCAGACGUAAACUAA